AUGUAUCUCCUAAUUAUUCUGUUGCAAAUAUCUCUGUUAUGGCUGAGUGCGUACUCUGAGGAGGAGAAAAGAGGUGAUGACGCAGCUUUGUUUGAUGCGGCCGUACCACCAAACGUCUUUAGAAAUACUGGGUUUGCUGGAAAUAAGGCCGGAAAAAGAGAAGUUGAAUUUGAUGCAGCCAUACCACCAAACGUCUUUAGAAAUACUGGGUUUGCUGGAAAUAAGGCUGGAAAAAGAGAAGUUGAAUUUGAUGCAGCCAUACCACCAAACGUCUAUAGAAAUACUGGGUUUGCGGGAAAAAAGGCUGGAAAAAGAGAAGUU